AUGUCAGUUCACACUCCAGAAGUUUUAUGGGCUCAACGUUCAAGCGAAUCCGAUGAUACCAAGAACAAUUUGUUCAUUACCAUCAAUAUUCCAGACUGUACGAACCCUAAAAUGGAAUUAACCGAAAAUUCUUUGGAAUUCAGUGCACUAUCUAAGUAUCACAGUAAAGAUGGGAUCAAAUACCAUUUGCACAUUGACUUCUACAAGCCAAUUGAUACGGAAAACUCGGAGCAGAGGGUAGCUAACGGUAGAAACUACUUUUUGGUGUUAAGGAAGAAAGAUUUAGGCCUUGAAUACUGGCCCAGAUUGACCAAGGAGAAGCUUAAGUAUCAUUACAUUAAAACCGACUUUGAUAAAUGGGUUGACGAAGAUGAACAAGAAGAGAAUGUUGCUGCUGAUAACGACUUGAUGUCACAAUUUGGCCAAAUGGGGGGCGCUGGCUUCCCUGGAAUGGAACAAGGUUUCAAUCCACAAGCCUUCGCUGACGCCGGAAUCAACCUGGAUGAGGCAUUACCAGAAGAAGAUGAUGAAGAUGACGAAGAAAAAGCUGAAUAG